GAAUGUAUAACGUAAAUAGAGUCGUGUUCGUUUAGUCGAGAAUUUGUUUUCUGUUGCGAAGCAAAGUUUCAUACAGAACAAAUCGUGAAUCUUCAAUGACUUCAAUUUUUAAGAAAAUACUUAUAAGAAUUAUACGUUCGAAAGAAGAAGAAGAACCGCAUUAGAAUAUAUUCUGGACCAAAACAAUAAUUCAUCGGCGCACUUUAUAACGAAAAGAAUGUGCAAUUGUUAAUAUUUGUCGCCGACCCAUCCGGAUCAAUAAAAAAACUUGCUGAAAUAACAAAUAAGAAAAAAAAAACACAAAUACAUAGUGCAAUCGUACGUAGUGAAAAUAACAAAAAAGGCGCUACAGUGGUAAUGUAGAUAAAAAAAGUUCUCUGUUGCAAUAUUUGAAAUUACAAACAAAUAAACAAGUAAACAAAACACUCAUGUGCAUCAUGAUAAUCGUGUGCGUAUGAAAGAUUUGUAUGUAUAAGUUCCUUUCCCUCAACAAACUAACCGAACCAAAAACAACAACAAAAAACUCUCAACGGGAGUCACAAUAAAUUGUUGAAACGUGAAUAGAAUAUAUGCGAAAAGUGAAAGAGUUUUUAUACCAGAAACUGCAUCAAUCGAAUGAAAAAUAACAAUUCGUGAGCUUUCUAUUGGAGUAUUUUUUUCGCGGAUGCGCCCGGUCCAAGCAUAAAAAGUGUUAAUUUUCUUUUUUUCAAUAAAUCGGUGUGGGUGCAUAUAGAGCGCGCGCGGAUAAACCAUUUAAAAUACAUCAUCAAACGCUCUGUCAAAUUCCAAGUAAAAGCCUUGAGCAAUUGACGUUUGAGGAGCUUUAGUGAGUGUUUGUUUGUGUGUGAGUGAGAGUGAGUGGUUAAUGCAACCCGUACAAAACCGAACAAAACAUUUCAAAAGAAAGGAAACGAAUAACACGCGAAAUAAAAUAAACAGACAGAAAGAACUGUCAACAGUUACUUUCGAAAUACCAAAACUUUUGUCCGGUAUACGAUUUAACGACGAGUGAAAGUGAACUUGAAGACAAAAAAAAAACAAAAGCCAAUUGUUUUUUUUCCACUUCAAAAACGAAAUCAGAUUCCAAUCACCGUCACAAAAAUGGAUACAUUCAAUCCAUUUGAUGCAUUCAUAAAAGCUGUUAAUUGUAUGCCAACUGAACCGAAUAUUUAUUGAAUGAAAAAUCAUUCAACCACAAUCUACAUAGCAAAAGUUGACAAUUUUAAUUCACAAAAAGGGGUUAAAAUUGAAAAGUUACAUCAGGUGCUUUUUGCACAUGAAACAUACUGCGCAGAAAACAGCAACAAAUAAAUCGACACGUCUGUGACGUUUGAACGAAAUACAAAUAAUUUCGAGAAAAAUCAACAAUAUUAACAAACAAAGAAAAGAUGAAUCUUCAUACGGAAAGACCAGAACUAUUGCCGACCAGUUUAAUGAACCUCGGCCAAAGCCGAACAUCAACAACAACAACCACAUCAACACUAACCCCAUUACAUACCGAAGAUAAAGACGUAGACAGUAUCUAUACAUUUUCAAAUGAUGAAUCUGACUUUAUGGAUAGCAAAUAUGGCAGUCGCUUAGGUUCAACCGUUAUGAAUUCGAAUUAUUCACCAACCUCCGAUAAAAAUUUGAACGAUACACGAAACUUUGCGCUUAAAGAAAGCAUUCGAACGUAUAGCAAAAAGAAGGUGUCAUCAUCAUCGGUUUCACCGCGUAACGAUCGCAAGAAAACACCAACACAAGCCACAAACUAUUCAACAACGCCAUCCUGUUCACCGUUACAAUCAUUUUGUUCGCCGGUACCUUUGUCACCGUUCUCCGACGAAUCUAAUUCUCAAACACAAAAAUCAAACGGAAGUGCACAAAUUGAUCAAUCAUCCAUGUCACCGACAUCAAUCGUCAAGAAAUCACCAUCGGGCGGAAAACCAAAAUCAUUUGCAAUGGCCAUUGAAUCGAGUAAAAAAUCGUCCGCAUCAACGGCAACAAAAACUUCAAGGGGACGACCGAAGCGCAAAGCUCUUGUGGCAAUGUAUCAAAGUCAGCUGAGUGAAAAUACGAUGGGUAUUAAAAUUCGCCUAAAGAAAUCACUUGAAGCGCCAAUUUCAAUGGCAUUGAGCAGUAGUGGUACUGGAUCUACAAAGAAAAAACAAUCAAUUACAUCGAUUCCAGCAAUUGGAUCUCCUGGUACGGCUGGCAUUGCGUCACCACUAGCUACUGGCACAUCAACAAAAACAACGCGCAAAAGACAAAGGAAAUCAAGGGCCAAGGAUACCAGCGAUAGUGAUGAUUCGGACUAUGAGAAACGACGAAAGAACAAUAAUACAACCACCGAAAAGCAUAGAAAUCGAAAGCAAACAACGAACACGGCCACCGAUUAUACCGAACCAGAUGAGCAAAGCCAAUGGGGCAAUAAUAUACCCGAACAUGUUCUAUUGAAAAUUUUCGAAGAAGCUGUCAAUCAAUAUGGCACAUUACCAAUUAUGGUGAAUGUUAGCAGGGUGUGCACACUGUGGAGGCGCGUUUCACAAUCAUCACAACUCUGGCAUACAUUGGACUUGUCGAACUGGGCAAAGGAUCGCAGCGAAAUCAACUUGAAACAAAUCAUUGCCACACAUCUAACAUGGUGCAAAGAUGUUAAUUUAGCCAAUUGGAAGGUGACAAAUAUUGAGUGUGUAUUAGAUCAUUUGUUAGAUGCUUGUCCGAAUCUAGAGGCCAUUUCGCUUGCCGGUUGGAAGGAAUUUACGGGUGAUCAUUUAGCCUAUUUGGUUGAAGAGUUCAAGUCAUUGCAACGAAUCGAUUUAAGCUCAGUAAAUUUGGAAUUGAAUCCAAAUAGAUCGGCUGUGGGUCCACAAUCAUUAUGCAGUGCAAUACAAUCGCUUGGAGGUCGUUUAACACAUUUAAAUUUGGCACAUAAUCGCCUAGCUGGAAUACCUCAACUUAUCACAGCACUAUCGACACAUUGUCCGAACUUGAGCUUAUUGGAUUUAUCGAAUGUGAGCACAGUUGCUGCAUCUCAUGGAGUUCUGCACAUCGAAAAAUUGCAAGAAGGAUGUUCACAUCUGAAAGUAUUGAGAAUAACCAAUUCACAAAUUAGUCUGAGUGCAGCAACGCUUGUUGAACAGAUGGAAUCGCUGGGUUUUCCAGAAUUGGAAGAGUUAUCAGUUGCAUCGCUAGCCGAUGAAUCGCGACUCAUGAACGAUGAAUUUUUGCAGCGAAUUUUAAAGACAAGUACAAAAUUAAAGUUGUUAGAUGUUAGAGGUUGUGCCCGUUUGACACAUGACACAUUGAUUCGAUUACCAACAUGGGAUUUGAAGCAUCUAUUUUUAUCCGGAUGUUCGGUUACACGAGAUAUUGGUUCGGGUUUGGAAUUGAUCGCAUCUAAAUGGGCUCAUAGUUUAACUGAAUUAGAUUUGGCAUGGGCAAAUGUGCAAGAGCCAUUGGACAAUGCAAUCAAGGCCAUUGCUGAGAAAGGUGAUGAAUCUCCACUAAAUCAUUUAAAUUUGUGCGGUUCAUCGGUUUCACUGGAGGCAGUUAAAGAGAUAUUAAGCAAUUGUCGAUAUUUAAAUUCAAUUAAUUUAUCAUCGUGUCGUGGUUUGCCGCGUGGCGUAAAACGUUUGAUGCAAGGCACGGCCGAAAUUUCGGAACUGCGUGAAAAUCUUGGUGUUAAAUUAAAGUAUAGCGCAAACAAUAAUGCCGAUCGUUCAUUUGACAGUACAUCACAAAGUGCAACACCAAAUUCAAGCGCUGACAUUGCUGACAAAUAAACACGUUUCGAGGAUUGAGAAAAUGUUGCAGCACCACACCAACAAAUGCAUUCAUUUAUGUUUUCGCGUUUUUUUUUUCGUUUAUCCUUAACUGAACUCAUCUUAACUUAAGUUUCAGUCCAAUUGAUCUUUUUGAUUUCGAUUCAGGGCGAUACGCUUCUAUUAUAUUCAAUUUUUGAUUUUAUUAAAUGCCAAUGGCCAUAAACAUAAACAACUCACACCAACACAACUACAUUGCAAUACACAACAACAUAUUCAAUUAACACGUUAUUUGUAGAAAAGAAAAAGAAAAAAAUCGAGCAUGAAAUCGCUACUGACAGACCAGCUCCUGUCGAAAUUACUGUAGUUUGAUUUGGUGUGAGAAAUGUACUAAUAUGAAUUCAGGAGUGGCGGUUGGCAAAGCGGCUUCUGAAGUAAAGCGCAAGCUAAGCCGUCGCAUGUUACUUUAAAAGUACGAUUUCGUGCUCUCGAAGAAAAAAAAAGUUAUGACCAAGAAUUUGUAGUUAGUAAAUUUUUUCCACAGAGAUAAAACAACCAAAAUUCUAAGAUGAAUCGAUAACGAUUUACAUUUUAUUUCACAAAACUAAACAAAAUGCCAAGCAUUUUUAAGAGAUUAGGUUUCAAAAUGAAGAUGUUAAAUAUGAAUUUAUAAGGCUUAAUCAAACGAGAAAAGAAAAACAAACAUUUUAUGACAAAAAAACACCACCCAAAUUCAAACACAUCGUAGCUUAUUGGCUUGCUUUUACACAUAAAACUAAUCUAACAUUUGUUUUCUUGGGAUAUCUAUAUUUUUUUUAAAUUGUAUUUUUUUGGCAAUUAUUUUUGUUUAAGUUGAAAUUCAUAUUUUACAAUUUUAUAUUAAAAAAAAAAUAAAACUCGUAUAACGUUUAACGUAGGAGCAUUUUCAUAGAAAAAAAAUCAACAGCUUGCAAGCAAUAUUCAUUUUUCACCAUUCGCUGUAUUUUUUUUUCAUCUCUCUUUCUCUUUCAAUAUAAAACACAUGUUUAUACACACCAUAUCGGCACGCUUACACAAUAGCCGCUGUGGUUAGCAGGCAUUCGAAGAAAAACCAUGUAACCAUUAUACCAAAUGUCUCUUUUUUUUAUAGUUGAAGUAUUACGGUAGAAAAACAAUAGGGGAGGAGCAUUCUAAAAACAAAAGAAAAAAUAUUGCAGGACAUUUCGGGCACACAAACAAAAAACACAAGCAGAACAUAACUGCAAAUACAUAGAGAAUUUUUUUCACAUUACAAUGAAAUUCCAUUUAUAUGCACUGUGAGUGCAUUUACACACACACAAAAAAAAAUGUUGUAAAAAAUGAUUAUUUAUUGAUUUCAAAGUGCAUGUGGGCAAAUUCGUGCAAUGGUUCUGUUAAUGUUUUGAAAUGAUCCUGACAAUUUAAUAACCUAUUUAUUUAUUUUAUCAUAUGUGUAUAAUUUUUUGUUGUUUUUAAUUUUAAUUAGCUAUAUUUUAUUACACACUUUUUUCGGUCAUCAUUUUAAAUAUGCCUGCUAAUAGACGGUUGCCGCGAUUUUCAUCUGCCGUUCAUUUAAAUUAAAUGCGCUUUACAUAAGAGCCAAAAAAAAAACACACACACAUACUAAACAUCAUCUCUUCAUAUCGAAUGGAUGGAAAUUGAAGCGACGUUUAUUAGCAUGUAAAAUACACACACUAUAAUAUAUAAAAUAUGUUUUAUUGGUGAAUUUGUUGUACAAAGUGAAAGGGUUUUGCUUUUGUUUGAUUAUAAAUCGUAUCGUGUUGGAUUUUAAAGUGUACAUUUUUAGGGCAUUGAUUUGUGGCGUUUCACCCUUCUACGUGUCGUAUGUCUUCUAUUCCAUCUUUCUCGUUUGCUUACUCACAAUCUCAUUUUAUGAAAAGAUUUUUUUUUCUCUUUUAAUUUUAAACAGUGCACACUAUUAUAAUGCCCAAGGCUACCGUUUUUUUUUUCUUCUUUUCUUAUAAUAAAUGAAUAAGAGUAACGAAAAAUUGUUGAAUUACCAAUAUUGUUGCAAAAAAGCCCAAAUAGGAAUGUGUUUAUCUUUGUUCCAAUCAUUUAUUGCAAUCCAAUGAUUGCAUCAUUUUGUUGCGCCCCAAACGAUUUCAUUUGUUAUUAUAUUUUUAAAGAAAUUCAAUGGAAGGAAAAAAAAUUUUUCGCUUUUUUUUGUACAAAAAUAAAAUACAAAAUUUUAAAAAAAUAAUAAUUUUAAUUUGUGGAUCGUUUCGAUCAAACGACCGUCACCAUUAACACCACACCUAUCCUUUUCGCUGCUCAUCGCAACUCGACGAAACACUCAACACAAAACUAACUAAAAAAAAAAA